UAAGCCAUUGAGAAAAUUGUAGAUCACAUGACUGAAACUAUUCUGUGGUUCAAUAAAGAGACACAUUACUUCCUAGAAGCAUGGAGGAUUGCUUAGCAUCUUGGUAAGCCUUAAUAACCUUCUUGGUUGUCUUUUGUUACAAUUAUAUAAUCAAACCUUUACCAUGAAAUUGUGGACAUACAGCUCUUCGUAGCUCAUCUAAAUCUAAAUUUAGCUCUUACUUUAAGUUCAGGUUUGAGCAUCAUGAAAAUCUCAAAACUCUGUUUUUUCUAUUAGUUAAAUGUCUACUUUACAUUUUAGUUAUUUGACUGGUCUACAGCGUAAGUUUCACUCAUGUUGAGUUUUAUUGGAAAUAGAAAUAAUUUCACUCAUUGUUGUCAUAUUGGCAUUUUGCAAUCAUAAGUAUUUCUCAGGCACUGCUGGGAUAAAAAUGCUAGCAUCCAUUGUUAAAUCUUUGAAAGGUAUCAGGAUUCUAAAUGUUUUCACCACUAACACACAUUUCAUAAACAUGAAAUGUCUCUAAAAGGCUUAAUAAAAAUGCCGAUACUAUGUUUCAUGAAAAUAGGAAUGCCGAUACUACUUAACAUUGGCUGCAUAAACUGUUUCGUCCAACUAUAGGUUUGUGUUUAUACCUCCUUGACCAUAUUUACAGUAGUAUCCGUCCGUCAUUUAGGGGCUUUUGCACGACAAUAGGAAUGCAGGAAACUGUUUAUGUUCCAGAUUUUAUCCUCGUUCCUUUCCAUGUGAAUUGACUACUUGUUUCAUAUGACAUGAAAAAUGCUGCUGCAUAUUAAUCAUACAAUGAUAAAUUUUGUUCAUGUUAAACAAUUAGAUGAAUCAAUUCAUACGCUUGUGCUAAGAAUAAGUUCACUUUUUUUUUUCUUUUUUGUUUAAAAUAUAUUUGUUCUGGGAAAGGAUUUGUGCCAUGCUGGAUGGUUGUGAUUAUUGCAUGCUGAUCAUCAUACUAAAACACAUGAAAUUGCUCGAUAUGAAUUUUGGAGACACCAACUUUCAAUGUUUAUAUUGUUAUAUGGAUGCAUGAUAUAUCAGGAUGUGAUUUCUUCGAUGGGGGGAAAUCUAUUUCUAGAUCUUGGAGAUUGGUGACCUUUCAAUUUGAUAAAUUGCCUAAUGCGCCAACUUUUUAGCGGUAGCAUACUUGCUAGGCUUCUUGUGCCUUUGGUUUUGGAAACUUGUUAACAUACCUGCUUUUUAAUUUUGGUUUUUUCAAUCAUUGUGCUUUUAUGCUUUUGCUAUAUCCUACACAUAUGGUGUAUUAGAUAGUUAUUAUUGAAUGUGAUCCAUAUUAUGUAGUCAUACUACAAAACGAGAGCCAGUUAUUGUGUUGCCCGUGUUCAGCGGCCCUUCUUUUUUUCCUUUGCUUGUAUUGACUACGUUACUGACUUUUAUUAUUCUCGUACAAAAAGCGGCCCUACCUACCCCGUUUUGUAUUAAUUCAUCGGUAUUUGUGGCUUACCAUGUUUGGUUUUAGGGCACCGUAGACAUUAGAGAAAUGCGGGGUCCUCCCCGCAGUCAUUAUAAAACCAAUAUAUCAGUGAUCAAUUGUUUCUUUCAAAUAUCAUACUGGGCUCUCUCUUUCUCGCUCAUCAAUUCUAUCCCUGGACCAAGGCAACUGAACUUGUAAUUCCCCAUCAGUGGCUACUGGAAAUGAUUAUGGCUGGGGCGGAACCAAAAUAUGAUUAUCUGGACUCUGGUGAUAAUGUAAGGGAAUCUGUGCCAAAUCAAAUGAAUCCCCCACUGAAGUGUGAAGGUGACGGUUGUUAUCAUAGCAUGGGGAAUGACAGGCCUCCUUGCUUGCCAGAGAACUGUACUUUUAAAAAUUUGGGACCGGAGGGUAAUCAUGCUGGCCUUUCUGACAAAGAAGAAAAGUUCCACCAAGUGGAAAUAAAAUAUGAUGAGGAAAUGCAAUACAUAUAUGGAGAUCUAGAACCACUUGAAGAGAGUAAGUAUCUUGUUCUACAUGACUGUGAGCCCAAAAGUUGGCCGGGCAGGCUGAGAGCCCAACCAUGUGAUGAUGGCUUUGAGACAUUUGAGCCAACUUUUGCUCUAACUGAGCCCCAAUGGAAACCCAACGCUGGCAGUCCCAUACUAGAGAACGAUCUUACUCUACCCAACUUUGACACAAAGCCCAAUAUCAGCAUGGUGUUGAAGCUGAAAUUGCGCGCUGGAGUAGAAUUCACUUUGAGGCCUCAGCCUCAAUGUAGCAUGAUGGUGGAGCAGAAUGUCCAAGCUGAAGCAGAAUCAGCUUCAAGCAUUCUGCAGGAGUCAAAUCCUGUUAGGGAAUCAACAAUGACAAUGCAACCAGAGGGUAACGCAGCAGAGUCAGAAGAAAACUAUGAGCCCAAAAAUCGGCACAGUGGACUAAGAACCCCACCAUGUGGUGAUCACAUUGAAGCUUUGAAGCCAACUUCAGCUCAAGCACAGCCCCAACUGAAACGCAAGACUGGCAAUCUCAUUAUAGAUUCAGCUGUGAUCAGGAAAGGGAAACGAGGGAAACGGCGUGGGUCAUGUGAAUGAGGAGCAGCAGUGAAGAAAAUUUCCUCACAGAGAGGACUGCUGAAGCAAUAAACUUAUGGCCUCUGCAUAUGCGGACUGAUAUAUUGUCAUGUUGGUACUUCGAUUUAUAAUGUUUAAAGACAUUGUUUCCAUAGAAUGAACUUUGUUUUUUGUUUUUUUUAAAUGAUGACUUCGUUUUUGACAUGCGGAAAAUAAGGAGUUAAAAUGCCGACAUAUGUUUUCACGUUGAUUUG